UUAUGUGAGCAAGCGUAACGCUGAAGCUUCUACUGUAUUCCUCACAUUCUCACAAACUGUAGCUGGUUAACAAAGCAAAAGGAAGAGCGGCUCCCAUUAGUACAAAGCCCAACUGGUCUGUGAAGAUGCGGCAGUGACGACAGAGCAUCCUCCCAGCUCUCAGCCGGCAUCAUCAGCUGUUGCGCCUGCAGAGUGCGAGCAGACAUGUCGAGAGGAAAAGCAGCAGCAAAAAACUAUGCCACGGAUCUUUAGACGAUAACCAUUAACCAAAAGUCUGACGGAGAGCAGAUGCGAGCAGGGACUAUCGACAACCCUCUGAGUAUUUUCCGCCUGUUGUCGGUACUGGACUAGCUGUACCAAUGGAGAAAGCAUCUCCACCGCCCCAGCCUCAGGUGCAGCUGUCAAUAGCCAAGACCGACAGUCCGGCGGAUGAUGUCUCUGGCUUGUCUGAUGAGGACCUGCUAAAGUGGACCAAAGAGGACCUGGUGAGGCGACUGAGACGCUCCGAGGCCGACAAGAUGAGUGUGAUUCUCGACCACGGAAAUCUCAUCCGAGAGGUCAACCGCAGCCUACAGUUGCACUUGAACGAGAUCCGGGGGCUGAAGGACAUCAAUCAGAAGCUGCAGGAAGACAACCGUGAACUGCGAGACUUGUGCUGCUUCCUGGAUGAUGACCGGCAAAAAGGAAAGCGUGUGUCCAGGGAGUGGCAGCGUCUGGGCCGUUAUAGCUCAAACAUUAUGCGCAAAGAGGUGACACUCUAUCUCCAAAAACUAAAGGAAUUAGAGCUUCGACAGGAGGAAGUCAUACGAGAGAACUUGGAGCUGAAAGAGCUCUGUCUCCUACUGGAUGAGGACAAAGGAACAGUAGGCGGAGGUGGAGUAACAGGCGGGAGUGUUGGAAUGGGUGUGGGGUCCCGAAACUCCAUAGACAGCCAAAACAGUUUGCUUCUGGUCCCCGGGCAAGGGCUUUUAAUGAGGGAUGUUGGGGAUGGGAGCAGCACCUCCAGUGCAGGGAGUGCUGACAGCUCAGAUCACCAUCAACAUAAGCAAACUCACUUGGCUAUUGGGGUGGCUGGGCUCGGAAAUGCUGGGGAAAAAAGGAGUCCUGAGAUAGCGCAUAAACCCAGAUGUAGCAGCAUCAGUGCCAUAGGAGGAGGACUAUCGGACAGGGAGAUCUCGAGUCCUGAGCAUCCGGCCGGGCGCAACCGGAGUACCAGUCUGGAAUACCCAUAUACGUUGCCCCAACUCUGUCGACCACGUUGCGGUUCCAUAUCAGUGCCUGACCACAGCCGGGUCAUGCGAGGCUUGAGCCCAGAGAAAUACGGAAGGAACGUGGGACGGAGUAGUCCAGAGCAGCACCCCAAGCACUACAGCUCUGACCUUCUUUUAGGCCAGAGGCAGCACUACCUGGGACAGGGUGGCAGCGGCGACAUCUACCAGAGACACCACAGGAGUAGUAUUAGUAGCACCGGUUGUGAGAGCCCUGAGCCUCGCCAUGCACAUUUAGGGACCAGUGAGUAUGUUGAAAAAUGUUGUAAAGUCCAAGGGGGCAGUCCUGAGAUUCACAGGCACCAAUACAGUCUGAGUCCCGACCAUGGGAAGUAUGGCAGCCCAGUUAGAGAUACACAGAGGAAGUCACCUGGAGAUGAGUUGUCACCACAUCAUCGGAGCAUCUACAACGGGAUGAAUGUUUUGAUGCCUCCUCUUGAUCCCACUGCCGUCAGCCUAUCUCUCAGAGGAAUAAAGUUCACAGAGGUGGAGCCUUCUUGUGUCCAUGGUCUUGAUAGCUGCAAAGAUUCAGUGACACCAUGGACCAAAGCAUCAGACGGUCUGCUGUCCAUCCAUGACCUCAUUCAUGUCUACAGAGCCAGAAAACAACCUGCCUUCUUGAUCUCAUCUCUACUACUCAACUGAGUGCUUUGGAGGAGGCUGGGGGUUGAUUAAUUGUUUUAAUACAAGUGAAUUUAUUCUAUAAAUAUGGUCAAUUUAUUAUACUGGGAGUCCCACCCUGCCAAUUGUGAUAUAGCUAUCUCACGCAGAGAAUUCUGAAAGAUUGAUGCAUGUUGGGAGAUUUAAGAGUCUGCUGUGUGCUGUGUCUAUUGACAAUUUAGAAGGAAAUUGUACAAAAAGUCAAAGAUGUUUGUUCAAACUGGACUAUAUUCCUGACACAUGAACAUCGCUGUGCCUGCUCAAACUCCAAAUGGUUGGGUAAACAACUGUUAUAAGACAUUGAGAAGCUAUAUGAAAAGCUAGCCUUUUAUGCAAAUGCUAACUAUAUGCUUUUUAGGAUUGCUCUAUUUUGCCAGAAUUUUGAAUCAGAAUGAUUCCAAAGCUAUGAUGAGGAUUUUGGUUUUAUUUGUAUUAAGUUACAACCAAAAUACGCAAGCUCUAAUGUUGAUAAUUAUGAUCACUCAACAUAACUUUAUGUGCAAAAUUGCACUAAAUUCUCACAAAAACAGACUUGUGUGCUUGUUGCCUUCCAUCUGUUUACAAAUAUAGCUUGUUGGUGGAGAAGCACGAUUCACUUUCCCAUAUUCUUUUUUUUUUUUGGUCAUCUUUUAACUUUUGAAGGUCUCUCGUUAUACCGUCCUACUCAUGUUCUUCAACUUUCACGUUUAUUUCUCUUCACUUUUGAAGGGUGACAUGAAGACUCCUGCAAACCACCAAUGUCAAAUUUAAGCCUACGGUCGCUAAAAUUGUAUUGGUAAAGAUCUGUUUCAUCAGACCUUAUAACAUGUUGAGAAAAACAUUCUAGUUAUUCUAGCAAAGAUACAAAUAUAUAUCGAUAUAUUUUUUUUCCUGUGUCUUAAGCCAAGAGUACCAUUAUAGCUGCUGAAAGAUAUUUGUAGUUCUAUAAAAUGCAAUGUCCAGGAGUCAUUUCAUUUUGUAUUAACAUCUCUGAUAAAGCGCCUAGAUCAAAGCUCAGAUAGUGGAAUUUUUUUUUUUUUUAACAAGAAAACAAAGUCCACGUAAAUGUAAAUUAGUGGAUUAGUUUUCUAUAUAUAUGUAUAAUCAAUAAACAGUAUAUCACUAUAUUAUGAUCAUUAUUUUUGACUUCCAAGUAUUAGAACUAUAUAUCAAAAUGUAUAGGAUAUAUAUCGAAUAAAUAAACAGAGUUCUUUAUGUAAAAGUGUGGGCAAUUCUUUCAGUCUGCCUUAUGCACAAUAUGUGUGCCUGGUGUGAAGACAUUUUAUUUUUACCCAGAGACUCAUGUCAAACACGAAAAUAAAACUCCUCAAACCAGCAAAGUAACAUGAAUCUCCCUAAAACAGAACACCUCGAGUGUUACUUAUUCAAUAUUUUUUUAAUGUGCUGAAAAAUAACAUGUUUGAAUUUAAAAUAAUGUUAUCUCAUUGAUUUCUGUGCCAGUUUUUCCCCAACCACAUUGGAAACAAACAACAUGGUCAAACUAGGCAGGAUUUCCUGUUAAAUAAUGGAACUAGAGGUGUAAGCUCCCUUUCCUGUGCAGCGAUCACCUUCCAUUACAUCCUGUCUAAACAAUCGAGGUUUAACAUCUGUGUUCUGCGAUAUGCAAUGUGAAGUACACACAAGGUCACUUUAUUAGGAAAACUGAAACAAUGUCAUACCACACAGGACAAAAACUGCUACAAUUACAUUUUUGUCUAUCAGUGUAAUUAUUGUGGACAGUCAAUUCAACACAUUUUCAGACUGAAGUUGCGGUUAUUUCUACUUAAAGGGAUUGAAAAUGAAGCAAUUCUUUGAAGAGGUCUAUUUGAAAGGAGAGGAGGACAUUUAGCAUUUUAGAGGAAAACACAAACGGGACAUAUUAAUGGGAACAUACAUUGCUACAUCAAUGUGUAUUAGUGGGGGCAAUGCUGGAAUAUGUGUUUUAUUGUCUUGUACAAUAAUGCAGCUAUUUUAAAAUAUAAUAUGGAUUGGCUCAACAAUGUUGUUACAUAGACAUCAUAAUUGAAGUCUAUGGUUGUUAACACUGUUACCUUAACAGCACUACUAAGAAUGUUUUAGUCUAAAACAUUUUUUCCCCUAAUGUACAAACCAAAAUUCCAAUAAAGUUGGAAUAUUUUGUAAUAUGUAUAUAAAAGUAUAAACAAUGUUUUACAAAUACAUUUCCACAGUACAUUAUGUUGAAUACACUGCAAAGCCUAUUGAUCGUGUAAUUGUGCUUGCCUAAAUUUGGUACAGGCAGGGUGAGUUCAUUUUGCACUCAGUGUCAGUGUCACUCUCUCCAUAUGUGCCCAGUAACUCGCUUGUAACUAAACUAGGUUUGUCACGAUAAUUACUAUAAUGAUUUAUCGUCCAAUAUUUAAAAUGGCCAACGACUUUGUUUCUCAGGGGGGAAUAAAUUACAUAUGUCAUUGACAUUCAUUUGCACUGUCAUGUUCCCUCUCUUCUUCUGAAAGCAAACUACAUUGGUGUGAAAAAGUAUCAGAACCUUUUGAAAUUUCUCACAUUUCUGCAUAAAAUCACCAUCAAAUGUGAUCUUAUCAAUGUCAAAAUCACACAGAUGAAAGAACAGUGUCUGCUUCAACUAAAACCACACAGACAUUUAUAGGUUUUCAAAUUUUGAUGAGGAUAGCAUGCAAAGAAGAUAGCAUGCAAACAAUGACAGAAGGGGGAAAAAUAGGUAAGAGAACCCUCUGCCUAAGAAGACUUAAAGUGCAAUUGAAACCAAUUUUUACCAAACAAUUUAAGUCAGGUGUGUGUCCAAUCACUGAUGACUGCUUUAAAGCUUCCCUGCCCACUAUAAAAAACACACCUGGUAAGAAUUGUCUAAUGUACAUCAUGGCUUGGUCAAAAGGGCUGUCUGAAGACCUGCGAUCAAGGAUUGUUGAUUUGUAUAAAGCUGGGAAAGUAUACAAAACCCUCUCUAAAAGUCUGGAUGUUCAUCAAUCGAAAGUCAGAGAAGUUGUCUACAAAUGGCGAGAGUUUGGCACUGUUGCUUCUCUCCCAAGGAAUGGCCGUCCACCAAAGAUGACACUGAUAUAAAUCAACUUCAUAAUGGUUUCAGAAGAACAAAAUACACAUUUUGGAGUGGCCAAGUCCAGACUUGAACGCCAUUGAGAUUCUUUAGCAUGACAUAAAGACAGUGAUUCAUGCCAGACAUCCCAGGAACAUGACUGAACUACAGUAGGUUUGUAGAGAAGAAUGAGCCAAGAUUAGUCCUGUGUCAGGCUGAAGUAACGAGGCGGACUCAGCUGUGGAGUUCUGGCAACAAAGUUUAUUUAGUAAAACAAAGGUUCUUCUGCUGGCAUUCGGGGAUGAGGUGAAGUGCAAACAUAAAGUGCUCCAAACGGAGGAAUACCGUAAGUCAGGACAACCACGAUCAAAAGUUCAAACAAAAAGCACUCCAAAGGAGAAAAAGUACAAACAUAAAACACUCCAAACGGAGGAAAAAGCCAAGAUAACUAGGAUCAAAAGUUCAAACACAAAGCACUCCAAAUGGAGGAUAAAACCUAGACAACUACGAUUGCUAUGACACAAGGUUGACGUGACCAACAUGGGUAGUAAAACACUUCUGCACAAGACAAGGGAAACCCAGGCAAUAUAUACACAUGAGGUAAUGGAUAACAGGUGGAAACAAUGGGCGAUUAGGUGACAAGAGGAAGGGUAAGUACACAGAAAUGCGGAGGGUGAAGCCUUCAAAAUAAAACAGGAAAUGACAUGACAUCCUGAUCGAUGUGCCAGACAGAUCUGCAGCUACAGGAAGCAUCUGGUUGAAGUUAUUGCUGCCAAAGUGGGGGCCAAUCAUGAGGCUCAAUUUAUCCUUCUGCUGUGAAUUUAAAUCAGUUUAUUUUGAGUAGACGUUCAAUCUAUUUGAACAGGGGAGGGUGGCAGCUAAUGAACAAAUGUUUCUUUCACUACCAUGUUUCUUUCGCUGCAAACCUUCCCUCUUUAAAUGGAUUAGACAUCUAUUGCCGUCAAUGAAGGCAAUGAGUCAAGGGAGACAGUCUUAUAUCCAACCAGUUGAGAUUUCAGUUCGCCUUUUGCUUGAAGUCAGUCGGGAUAAGCUCAGUGACCCUGAACAAGUUAAGUGCCAUUGAAAAUGGUUGGAUAGCUGUACACUGCAAAGAAAAAU